CUGCACAAUGAUGCUGUCACUGCCUGCUCUGGCCCUGGCCACACUGGCUGCUUCUCUGCUGGCCGGCGAUGCGGAGGAGAGCUGUGCCGCGGCUCCUGGCAUCCCCGGCAUGCCCGGCAGCAUCGGACAACCGGGUAGAGACGGCCGGGAUGGUGUCAAAGGAGAUCCUGGACCACCGGGUCCGAUGGGCCCUCCUGGAGGCAUGCCCGGACUCCCCGGCAGAGACGGCCUGACCGGGGCACCUGGGAGUGUGGGUGAGCGAGGCCAGAGGGGAGAGAAGGGAGAGCCAGGACUUCCAGGUCUACCUGCUUACCAAGAUGAGGAGUUACAGGAAACUCUUCAGGAACUCCGACACCACAUCUUGCAGGUAAAAGGAGCUCUUAAUUUGCAAAAAACUUCAUUGCCGGUGGGAGACAAGGUCUUCUCUAGCAAUGGGCAGUCGGUCAACUUUGCAGCCACUAGAGAGGUGUGCAGAAGAGCGGGCGGUGAUAUUGCCACCCCAGAGAACGAAGAGGAAAACCAGGCCAUCAUGAGCAUCGUAAAGCAGUACAAUACGUAUGCCUACCUGGGCAUUGUGGAGGGCAAGGACCCGGGGAAGUUCUAUUACCUGGAUGAAACCCCAGUGAAUUAUACCAACUGGUACCAAAGAGAGCCCCGGGGGGGUGGCAAGGAGAACUGCGUGGAAAUGUACACCGACGGUACCUGGAAUGACAAGAACUGUCAGCAGUACCGUCUCACCAUCUGUGAGUUCUGAAGUCCAGUCGAUGACAAACUCCUUGAGGGCGGGGAACGUUUGUUUGGCUUUUCUCAACUCCCCGGGGGCGCUCAGUUCAUUGUGAAAACCUCGUUAGGCAUUAAAUAAAUACCUUUACUUCUAUUGCUACUGCUACGACUACAGUCCCGUUCAUCGUUCUUAGAGGAGAGGCUGGAGAUUUUGAUAUCACCGGGGCUCACGCUUGUACAAGUAGGAAGCUGCUUUUGGAGGGUCAUUAGUGAAAUUAAAUGUAAUUG